AUGGCAACUACAGGCUCCCCACCCCAGAAGGGUAUCAUCACAUAUGGUCUCAGCGCCAAUCGUCAACGUCCUCUCGCUGGCGCCCUCCAUGCAGCCAUUUUCAACACCUGGAGGCGAUUCUCUGCACAGGUCUUUUACGUCGUCCCUCCUUUCGUCGUCGCCUACGCUGCGAUGAGCUGGGCUGUUGAGAGAAACGAAUAUCUGAACUCGAAAGCAGGCCGUCUUGAAUAUGGUGCGGAUGAGUAG